GAAGAAAAAACAACGUCACUCUGUGGAAGUGGCAACGAGGAGCUCGAUAAAGAAGCAAAGUUUUGCUUUUUAUUUUAUUAAAAGUAUUAAAAGUAAACGUAGAUACAUUUUCUAGGAUCCGUUAAUUCUAUUUUUUGUGGUUUUGCUUUUUAAUUGAUUUAUAUAGCAUUAAAAUGCCGAGAGGAGGAAAAAAGGGUCAUAAAGGUCGUGGCAAGCAGUUCAGCAAUCCUGAGGAGAUUGAGAGACAGAUGCGAGCACAAAGAGAAAAGGAGGAAAAUGGUGGUGAGGAGCGUGAGAGCUCCUCGGAAUCUGAAGAGGAAAGUAGCAGUGAUGACGAACAUUCUCAAAAGAGAAAUGGUGUGGCAGGACUGAUUGAAAUCGAGAAUCCCAACCGUGUCUCCCAGAAAAGCAAAAAGGCUGCCGAGGUUGAUGUUGAUGCACCUAAGGAACUCACACGUAGAGAGAGGGAGGAGAUUGAGAAGCAGAAGGCUAAGGAACGCUACAUGAAGCUGCAUCUGGAAGGAAAGACUGAUCAGGCCAGAGCAGACCUGGCUAGACUGGCUAUUAUUAAAAAACAGAGAGAAGAUGCUGCAAGGAAGAGAGAAGAACUCAAGAAAGAAAAAGAAGCACCGGAGGCCAAGUCAAAACGUUAACCUUGUCCCCUCCCUGAGGACUAGGCUUUAGGGGGUGGGAGGGGAGCGACCAAAUAAUUAGACAUACAGCUCAGGGAUGUCCACACACUGUCCAUUCAUCCUUUAUGAUCAGGGGCAGGCCAGUGAUUUGGACAUUUCAAAGAGUCACAUAAAAGUGGAGAUUAAGACACAUACCUGUUCAUCGGUGCCUGAGGCUGAGCGAUUAGCACUGCGAUGACAUGCACAUGUCUUUCCCCCAACUCCUCUGGGUUCAUAUCCUAAAGCUGCAGAUAUUUCCCUUUUAAAACAAAAGAAAAGAUUAAAUUUAAUAGAGUUUGUGGUCCUUUCUGAAAUGACUUGGCUUAGAGGUAGAGGUGAUUGAAGAACCACUAGCAAAUUUGUAGAACACGUUUGCUCUUGUUCUGAUGUUAUUGCUGUCAUUUUUAUUCUUAAUGAAUAAGCUACAAAUAAAGAGACCCUUUGUACAUGUUUAAAUGUUAAAAAUUAAAGGAUUUGUUCCUUUGUUUUUUUGCAUGCCAGUUAUGUAUUCAAUGCCAUCCAAAUAUCCAACGUCAUACUCACUAAUCUGUAAAAACAAUUAUUGAUUUAAUUCUAUUAAAUGGGAACUCGGCAGUAUUCGUUUUCCACUGGUUUAUUAUGAAUCCAGUAUAUACAUAAAUAAAAAAUUUUAUAAUACAGCUAAAGUUUACACAUCAUUUAUCUAAUUAUGAUCAUGUUUAUUUGUGAAUGACCAUUAUUUUGCCUGUUCAUGACCAACUCAUUGAAAUACCUCAUGUAUAUUAUAUUGCACCUCAUGCAUAUUAUAUGCUUCAGCAUGUUUAUAGGACCUGAAUUGCCUUGAACAUUAAGGGAAGCAAUAUUACACUGGUGCAAACAAAACAAUCAGCUUAGCUCUUACAGGUUUAUAUUUACACGUUUAAAGAUUUUUUGGGCUCUCGUCAUGACUGAAACACUUUCAUGAGUUAGUUAUAGAAAGAAAUUUAAUCUGUUUAUCCUGACAGAUUGUUGUAUAGAAAUAAAAAUAACAUUCGUAAAAUAA